CUAAUGCAAAAAGAUUCCCAGAAGUCCUAGGCACAGGCCUGGGUCCUUAGAGGCUUGACUGAAAACGUUUGGAGAUCAUUCAUAUCUAACUACUUGCAAGUUUUUUAGCAAACAGAGAUAAUCUGUGAAAGACUGUUUAUUUUGUACAGGUUAUAAUCCACUCCCUAAAGCUAUAGGGUGGACAACAAACAUUUCCUCUGUCAUACUCUGGAAACUUGGUUGGCACAUCCAGUGUGACUGGUCAAUGUGGGGAGGAAUAGCUCAUUAUUGCAAACACGAUCUAGGAUGGCUAAUAACGUUCACAUGAGUGGGCUGCUCAGUCGCCAUGAUGAUGAAGCCACCAGGACCUCCACCUCAGAGGGCCUGGAGGAGGGUGAGGUAGAAGGGGAGACUCUCCUGAUUGUUGAGUCUGAGGACCAGGCUUCGGUGGAUUUAUCACAUGACCAGAGUGGGGACUCUCUAAACAGCGAUGAAGGUGAAGCAUCCUGGAUGGAGGAGAUGUCCUAUUACUGCGAGAAAUGCCAGAAGUGGAUCCCAGCAAGUCAACUGAGAGAACAGCUCAGCUACCUGAAGGGAGAUAACUUUUUCAGAUUUACUUGCUCUGAUUGCUCAGAAGAUGGGAAGGAGCAAUUUGAACGUCUGAGAUUAACGUGGCAACAGGUUGUCAUGUUGGCAAUGUACAAUUUGUCUCUGGAAGGAACGGGCCGUCAGGGGUACUUCAGAUGGAAAGAAGAUAUUUGUGCUUUUAUUGAGAAACACUGGACUUUUCUAUUAGGGAACAGGAAAAAGACCUCAACAUGGUGGAGCACAGUUGCUGGCUGUCUCUCUGUGGGGAGCCCCUUGUUUUUCCGCUCAGGGGCACAGGAAUUUGGAGAACCGGGAUGGUGGAAACUGGUUCAUAACAAACCCCCAACAAUGAAACCUGAAGGAGAGAAGCUGUCUGCAUCUGCCCUAAAGGCAAAAGCAGCUUCAAAGCCACCCCUGGAUCCCAUCAUUACUGUGGAAGGACUCCGAAAGCGGGUAAGCCGCAAUCCAGUUGAAUCAGCCAUGGAGCUGAAGGAGAAGAGAUCUCGGACUCAGGAAGCUAAGGAUAUUCGGAGAGCCCAGAAGGAGGCAGCCGGCUUCUUGGACAGGAGUACUUCCUCCACUCCUGUUAAAUUCACCAGUCGCUGCCGCCGUCCCGAUAUCGUCCUUGAGAAAGGAGAGGUGAUUGACUUCUCCUCCUUGAGCUCAUCAGAUCGCACACCUCUGACAAGCCCUUCUCCUUCCCCAUCACUGGACUUCUCUGCUCCUGGCACUCCAGCCUCACAUUCAGCUACUCCCAGCCUUCUCUCGGAAGCAGAUCUCAUCCCAGAUGUCAUGCCACCACAGGCUCUGUUUCAUGAUGAUGAGGAAAUGGAAGGAGAUGGAGUCAUAGAUCCAGGAAUAGAGUAUGUGCCCCCUCCCAGUGGGACAGCCAGUGCUGGCACUCUGAUAGCAAGCAGAAAAAAAGUGAAGACAGCUGUGCAGAUCAAGCAAGAGGUGGAGAGUGAAGAAGAAAAAACAGAACGGAUGGAAGGUGACAGUGAAGAUCCUGAAGAGUCAAACACAUUGUUGAAGGUGAGGGGACGAGACAAAAGAAAGCCACAGCUGGAGAAGGAUGCUAAACCCAGAGCUCCCAAGCAUACCUCUGUUAGUAUCUAUGAGGAAAAGCUGCUGCUGAAGAGACUGGAAGCCUGUCCCAAUGCUGUGAGCAUGACCCCAGAGGCCCGGAGGCUGAGGCGCAAGCUGUUAGUCAGGCAGGCCAAGAGGGAAAGAGGACUGCCAGUCUUUGACUUGGACCAAGUUGUGAACGCUGCACUGCUCUUGGUUGAUGGGAUUUAUGGAGCCAAAGAAGGAGGUGUUUCCAGGUCCCUAGCAGGGCAAGCAACAUACAGAACUACUAGCCAGGACUUCAGGAUCUUGGAUAGAUACCAGACUAUGCUGCCCGCCAUGAAGGGAUAUCGACAGCAGACAACAAAGUUUCUGUAUCGACUGGUAGGCUCAGAAGACCUGCUGACAGACCACAGUGUUGUUAGCCCCUACACAUCCCGUGUCCUGAAACCUUACAUCAGGCGUGAUUAUGAGACAAAGCCCCCAAAACUCAGGCUGCUGGCAGAAAUCCAGGCAUAUCCACACAGGAAUGAUCUCAACUGGAAGGCUGAGCCAGAAGCACCCAUUGAUUACUGCUAUGUUCGCCCUAAUCACAUCCCCACUAUAAACUCCAUGUGCCAUGAAUUCUUCUGGCCUGGAAUAGAUUUGUCAGAAUGCCUGCAGUAUCCAGACUUCAGUGUUGUUGUCCUUUACAAGAAAGUUAUCAUUGCCUUCGGCUUUAUGGUGCCAGAUGUGAAGUACAAUGAAGCUUACAUCUCUUUUCUGUUAGUUCACCCUGAGUGGAGAAGAGCUGGGAUUGCAACCUUCAUGAUUUACCAUCUUAUUCAGACCUGCAUGGGCAAAGAUGUAACUCUUCACGUCUCUGCAAGCAACCCUGCUAUGCUGCUCUACCAGAAGUUUGGAUUUAAGACUGAGGAAUACAUUUUGGAUUUUUAUGAUAAAUAUUAUCCCUUGGACAGCAAGGAGUGUAAGCAUGCAUUCUUUCUCAGGCUGCGGCGCUAAUCUGUCAGAGCUGUCUGGGGAUCUCUGAAAAGCCUAAUCUGUCAAAAAAACUACCGCAGCUUUCAGUGGAGGAUGUUGGCUGUCACAUGAGAGCUGGAACACACCAGUGGAUUUCAACAGUGCUAUGUUGUGUGCUGAAACUGCAAUCCAAGAGGAUUGAUUCCUGUGCUCCAAGGGCAGAGGCCUGAAAAUGCCAGCUGAAACCACUGGAAGACCGAAAUUGUUUAUGGGGAAUUUUCCUGGCACUGUUACUUUGAAUAGCCUCAUUGACAAACAAGCAAAAAAAUAUUUUUCAGAGGAGCCCCAUGGAUUUCAAAUCUUGAAACCUGUCAAAAAAAUGCUGCAGGUUUUUAAUUUCUUUUUUUGUUUAUGAAUGAAAAUGAACCUCUAAACUUAAAUCAUUCAAUGUUUCUGUAAUUUGAUUGCUUUGCUAGGAACCAUGUCUUGAAUCUGUGAAGAGAAAUGAGAUAUUGGUGCAUGUAGCUGGACAGUAACUUCAGGAAAGCUCUACAUGUGCCAGAACAGUUGUACUGGAACCAUGUUUUAGGAAUAGUAAAGAGUGUGUGAAUUCAUGUGAUUUCAAAUACAAGGCUCAGAGAAGACACCUUUCUUCUGCUCCUUCCCUGCUGCCUUCCUUUCGCCUUGUUGACCCUGUGCUCAAGUGUGAAGUUCUUGCAGUGCACAGUAUUUUGUGUUCAGGAACAAGGUGUCAUGUGGGUUUGUAUCUAGGCAAGAUAGGAUACCAUACCUGCCAAAUCAGCCCUUUGAAAUCUUACAACCUCUCUGCCAUUGUUGGUGCUGGCACAGUUGUUGGCACACCUCUAACCAUAGAGCCAGCCUUGCAGGCUCCAGCAUCCACCUCCUCCUGCUACAGGCACUCUGGAUAGAAGAAACUCAGAAAAGUGCGUGGUGAUGUUUGAAAUGCAGGCUGAUUUGUAGAAGCAAUCUGCUUGCAGCUUGGAGGGAGGAGAAGGUUAGAGGUAGGCCGGAUCCAGUUCUUGGAAGCACCAAGGCUGUCAUUUCAUGGUUCUAAGUAUAAGUAAAAAGGAGAGCAAAGAAUAAAUAGAAAUAACCAAGAACGAAAGAAAAUACAAACCCCAAAUGGUUUCUCUGGUAGUGGGCUCUUCUCCUUUUAUGCAGUUUAGUGGCUUUUCUCUCCCUGACUUUCACUGCAGAUGAACAGAAAGCAGUACUGACCAAAGGUCAGUCUGUGCAUUUUCACUACGGAUCACAUCCACUGUGAUGUUCCUUUCACAUCAAGCCUACAAAGAACUACACACCAAAUGUGACUUCUUUGUUCUUAAUCCACUGUGUGCCUGUUGGCUACCUGGCCACAGUAGAAGUUGCCUUAACAGUCUUCAUUUUGGUAACAGAAGAGAAAGGGACACAAAGUAUGUUUUUGUGUAGUCAACAUACAUCAUCACCAACACAAAAACAGUGGGAGUGGGAGGGAAAAACGGGCCAUCCAAGGGUUGUGUACCCUAACAUUCAUGCACAUUUCUGCCUGCUUUAUGACUGUGUGAAAAUUUUUGAUGUUACUUAUGUUACAAGUUAGCUGUACUUGGAAAGAAAAAAAAUACCUGUCUUUAUGGAUGAAUUAAAGCCCUUCCCUUGGAAAAGCCUA